UUCCGUCAAUACAAAAAAUUCAUCCGAAACGUAGUCUGCUGCGCUGUUGUCUACGAAAAUAAUCCCUCUCGCUUCAAGUUGAACCUUGAAAAAAUUUACACGACAUUUCUUUUUUUUUUGUUCUUUAGUGGAUGUGGAAUGGCCAUAGCAUGAUGAGUGCCAAGGAAGAUUCAGAAACUCUUCGGAUUGAAACACUCCGAGAAAGAAUUUUCUUCGCUGCGAGAGACGGACUAGCAAUUACCCUCUAUGCUCUUCUCUCGGAGCUCAGCCCAUCUCAACAAUCUGAAUUACUUAGCCAGGUUUCAGAAGAGCAAGGUCAAAGAUGUACACCAUUAUUAAUUGCAGCACGAAAUGGCAAAGAAAAUGUAGUCAAAAUGCUUCUGAGUCAAUUCAAACCAGACAUUGAACAAGAGGGAGAUGUAAAGUUUGAUGGAUAUUUGAUUGAAGGUGCUAGUCCUCUUUGGUGUGCAGCAGGUGCUGGUCACCUGAAAGUUGUUAAAGCCUUGGUUAAAGCAGGAGCUGAUGUCAAUCAUACAACAAAGACUUUCUCUACUCCCCUUCGAGCAGCCUCAUUCGAUGGACGGUUGGACAUUGUAAAAUAUUUGAUCGAACAUAAAGCCGAUAUUCAUUUGGCCAAUAAAUAUAACAACACCUGUCUAAUGAUCGCAGCAUUUAAAGGACAUUUAGAAGUUGUAAAAUGUUUGUUGGAUCAAGGAGCAGAUCCCAAUCAGAAGGCGCAUUGCGGAGCAACAGCUCUCCAUUUUUCUGCGGAGUGUGGACACGUCGCAAUAGUUCGCGAGUUAGUUGAAUUUGGCGCCAAAAUCACAUGUAACGAACAGGGAAUGUCUCCAUUACUCUGCGCGGCUGAAAGAACCAAAUCCGGAGUUGUCGACUACCUACUGACUCGGCCAGAAUUUAGUCGGCAUGCAAGAAUAGAAGCAUUAGAGCUUUUGGGGGCGUCCUUUGCAAAUGAUAAAGACAGUUACAACAUUGAGCUGGCUUACAGCUACUUGCACCGAGCCAUGGCGAUGAGGUUUGAGAAUCCUGAGCAAAUCGUGACAAAGCAGUACGUCGACCCGAUUGAAGCAUACGAAAAUUGGAGAGAAGUGCAAACUCUUGCCGAACUGGAAUCAAUUCGUAACAGUCCAAACGCUAUUCACAUGGAGAGCCUAGUAAUUCGAGAGCGCAUACUGAGUAUAAACAAUCCGGAACUUCCUCAUCCUAUCGUUUUUCGUGGAGCUGUAUUUGCCGACGAUGCCCGCUUUGAUCGAUGCAUUGCUCUUUGGCUGCAUGCCCUACGUCUUCGCCAGCGAAUGCAACUAACAGUAUCCAAAGAUCUUCUUCGAUUCGCCCAGGUUUUCUCACAGGUGUUGCAUGUUGGGCUAGAAUUGCCUUUCGACGUUCUGGAAGAGGUUUUGGCUGCAACGGCCAUGGAACUUGAGCGAAAUCAAACAAAAAUAGCCAAUCCUGGUCCUAAAGAUGACGUCGAAGUAAUUGCGGAGGAGAUGGAUUGCAAUGUAACCACAGCUCUCUACUUAGUCACGAUAACAACUAAGUUAAUGUCCAAGGCCACUUCGCAACAAGAACACAACAUUUACCGGCAUGUAUUUAAACUCAAUCGACUUAAUAUUCGAACCAAAGAAGGUUCUUCCUUGCUGCAUUUGGCUGCCAGCGUUGAUACUCCCGUUGAUGAGUUUCACACCGUGGACAUUUGCAGAUUCCCUUGUGCUUCUACAUGCAAAUUAUUGAUCCAAUGCGGAUUUGAUGUGAACGUAAUGGACCAUCGGCGAAAUACGCCUCUGCAUCUGAUUGUUGGUUAUCCCAAACCAAUUAGUGAUUUUGUCACCCUACACUCUAUAAUUAUGACGUAUAAUAUUAAUAUUUUUUCCAGUUGUUUUUCUAUAAAAGUAAUCGAGAUUGUUUUUAGAUUAAUUGAAGCUGGGGCACACAUGGACGCCGUUAACUCGUUUGGGGAAACUCCUUUUGAUGCGGCUACUACAGGAGUAGCUGAAAUUAUUCUACGGACGCAGAGUAAGUUGAGUCUAAAAUGCAUAGCCGCUAAAGCCAUUAAAAGGUACGCCCUUAACUACGAGGGUUUAGUGCCUACACCUCUUGAAAGUUUUAUCGAGCUUCACGGAUCAGGAACUGGAUUGCGUUAAGUCUUUCAUACUGUACUGUAAUUACUGAAUCUCUCUAAGGUGCGCUGGCUAUGCUUCGUUACGUUUUCUCCACACAUUUUGCUUUUGUUCACUCAUGAACAGUGCGAGUUGAACAAAAUUGCGUAUUAGGAGGUAAGAUCUAUACAUAAUGUCCAUUGAGUCUUUCUCCUUUUUUGGCUAACUUUAACAAUGUAUGAAAUGAAAUGUUUUGUUUCUCUUUCAUAAACAUAGAAGGAAUGUA